AACACGUUUUAGUCUGUAUUGGACAACAGGUUCGAUUAGGUGUCUCUAAUUUUGCUAAAAAUGGCAAGGUUUCUGUGAGGAGAGGAAGAUGAAGAAGAUUGUGAUCUACAAAAUCCACUUUGAAGGGGAUUUCCAGCGAUUUCGGCCAUCCAGAAUCACCGAGAGUGUGGAUUAUGAGAUCUUUAUGCAGAAAUUCUAUGAUGAACGACAAGAUGUUCAGAAGAAGACGUUCACAAAGUGGAUAAAUGCGCACUUGUCCAAGACGACAUGCUCGCCGGUGGUGGAUCUCUUUGUGGAUCUGCGGGAUGGGCAUAGGCUGCUCACGCUCCUUGAGGUGCUCACGAAUGAGCGAUUGAAGCGUGAGAAGGGCCGGAUGCGUGUGCAUCACAUCAACAAUAUCAACACAGCUCUCAAUGUACUUCAGAGGAGCGGAGUGAAGCUGGUGAAUAUCUCCAGUGAUGAUAUUGUGGCGGGCAGUGCUAAAUUGACGCUGGGUCUCAUUUGGGCCAUUGCACUGAGCUUCGAUGGGCAGAAACUAGUCAAUUCACAAGGUGUGAGUGGCAUCGAAAAGAGCCUGAUGUUGUGGGCUCGUAAGUACACAGAGCCACAUGGUCUCAAGAUUGGAGACUUCUCCAGCAGUUGGUCCGAUGGACGGGCCUUCCUCUACAUUCUGCACGAGCACGUGCCGAAAUUCGAUCUUGAGAGAUCCAUCAGGCAACAUCCAAUGGCAAGACUGAGAAUGGCGUUCGAUCUGGCUAGUCGCUACUUGAAUAUCGAUCAACUCUUAGAUCCUGAAGAUGUGAACACAAACAAACCGGACAAGAAGUCGAUACUCAUGUAUGUGAUGUAUUUAUAUCAUGCCAUUGAGAAUCAACAGCAGCUCAGCAGCCAAGAGACGGUGGAGAGUCAGAGUUUGUUGGUGCAGCAGAGUGAGAGCAUGGAUGAGAUCCAGUUGCUGGAUGAGACUCAAGUGGGGGAGAAUAUUGAUGGGUCUGGAGUGUCAAAGGGUCAGGAGUAUGUGCGGGAAGAGAGAAUAACUCAUGUGGGCAAUUUAACAGCCCUCGAUGAGAUAUCUCUGGCCAAAAGUGCUGAUGAUCUAAGUAAAUUGCCAAGUGUGAGUGUUAAAAGAAUUGUGACGGAGAGUUUGAGUGGUUCAGGAAGUGCUACUGAGGAUCCGGUGAAGAGUGAAGAAGUGAAAGUAGUUGAAGUGCGGUCUAGGCCAGUUUCCACAGCAACGAAUGCUUCAAUAGAUAUUGGCACCUAUCAAACGGCUGUUGAGGAAGUUCUGACAGUAUUGCUGGAAGCUGAGGAAGUUCUGGCUAAAGAUCUCACGGAAGCUGCAGAUCUGCCUGAGGCACGAAACCAAUUUCUUGAGUAUCAAGAUUUCAUGAAAAAACUGUCAGUGCAGCAGAAUUUUGUUGGAGCGGCUCUUGAAGAAGGAGCUCGUCUGAUUACAGAUUCACAGACUCUUGGGACCAAAGGGUUGACGCAGGAGGAACAGGAAGAAGUUCGUCAGCAGAUGCGGCUUUUGAAUAAGCGUUGGAAUUCUCUGAGGGACCGAGCAGAAUUUAUUCAGGGAAAAAUUCAUAAUCAACUUAAUGAUAUGCAAUCUCGGAAGAUUGAGGAGUUGAGGAUCUUCUUGACGAAUACAGAAGACAGAAUUUCGCGGUUUCGGGAGAUCGGACCGAGUCAAGAGGACUUGAAGGAGCAAUUCGAGGAACACAAGAAAUUCCAGCGGGAUUUGGAGGAGCAGCAGAAGUUGGUGGACAGUCUAAGUAAUUUAGUUGUGAUUGUAGAGGAUGAACCGGAAAACGCUAGUGAUCUGGAGGAUAAGUUAGCGGCGUUGGGAGAGAGGUGGUCCCACGUUCUGAAAUGGACUUCUAAUCGAUGGGAGAAACUUCAAGAACUGAGCAAUCAAUGGACCAAGCUGACGGAUAACUAUCGAAUCCUCAUUAGGUGGAUGGAUGCGAGAGAAAGCGAUCUGAAGUCAAUGGAAGGAAAAGAAGUUACGGAAAUUGGUGGAGUCGUAACCAGAAUGAAGGAACUACGCUAUGGAGAACAAGAUCUUCAGGUUUUCAGUAGAUACAUUCAAGAGUUGGAGAUUGUAGCGAGUUCUCUGAAUGCAGACAUCGUGGAAAACCUUGAGAACCUCAAUGAUCGCUGUGAAGCCCUGAAACAGAUCUUGGAAGUCCAGCAGAUGCGUAUUGAAAGCAUGGGCUUCCAGUUUCCCGUUCAUUCUAAUGAAAAGAUCGAAAAACCUCCAAAUUGGGAGGACUUCCAAGAAAUGAUCACGCACGAAGAGAAGAUGGAUACUUUUGAGGUGUCUAGAACGGAACAGGAAGUAGAUGAUUCUCCACAGUCUAAGAAGAAACGAAAACUUCACAAAACCGAAAGGGUUCUCGAAUUAGAAGGGAAACUCAUAGAGAUGCUCAACUUUAUUGAUCAGUUUGAGGAUAGUACGCAAUUCCUGGAAGGGAUGGAACUCAAAAGACGAACAAGCUUCCUCAACAAUCUCGAUGAAGAACUCAAAUCGAAAAUUGAUCAAUAUGCUGAGGUUAAGGAGCUUCUGGAUGCUUGCAAAACCGAGAUGACGUCGUCCGAUUUGGAGCUCGAGGAGCGAAAACUGCUGGAGAUCGGCUCGAAGUACGAUGAAUUUGUGUUCAAGCUCGAAGAUCUUACUGGUCAGGUCAAAAAUGACAUCGAUCGGGAGAAGUACCAUAAAAUCCUGACCGGCCUGAAGCUAGUUCUUGCCGAUUCGAGGGAUUGGUUCAAGCAGCAUGCUGGGAAUGCCUCCCGAGAGGAGCUGGAAACCAGGUUGAGUGAUAUGGAGUCUCUGAAUCCGGAAAUCAAUGAAGCAAAAGAACUCAGUGUUCAGGAUAAGAAAGAAUGGAAGGUGGAGUUUGAUCAAUUCAGUGAGAGUUGGUCGGAUCUAAAGAGAGCCAUUCAGAGACUUGUGCAGGAAAUGGGAGGCACGGAGGAUCUGUCCGAGGAGAAGGAAAAACUCCUAGCUCUGAUUCAAGCAUCUGAAGAAGCUGCAGCACUCAAUGAUAAUCCGAAAAUCAUGGCGGACAACCUAAAGCAACUGAAUUGUUUGUUGGAAAAAUUUGAGGUUAUGCAUGAACUUUUUGAGUAUUUUUGCGAAAAUGCCGAUUCGGAGGAAGCAUCCAGUAUUUUAGAGGCUUGGAAGAAGAUUCCGAGUAUCGUUAAUGAGAAGAUUAUUAAGCAGAAUACCGCUAUUGAGAAUCACAAUCACUUCCGGCGCGAAAUGGAGAGUAUUCUGGGGCAGAUGGAGAAGAUUGCUGCUGUACUGAAGGAAGACGUUUUCAUUGUGGGCGAGCAAAAGAUGUUGAAGAAGAAGAGUGAGGAGUAUGAAGUGCAUGCCAUUGAGAUCAAGAAGAUGGAAAUUGAUCUGAUUAGUGUGAAGAAUUUCAGUGAAAUUAUCGUGAAAUCUAGCGAGAAGCCACAUGCUGAUCAAAUGGCGGAACAAAUUGGUCAUCUCAAUGACAUGUACGCUCAGCUAAUUGACCUCUUCCAUGGAAACUCACGCAAACUCAAUCAAACCAUAUCGCAGACUGAGGGUAUCGUGUCUAGGAUGAAGGAUAUGGAGUUCUGGCUAAAUGAUCUGCAGAUGAAUACGCCAAAGAAUCAAAAUUGUGAAAUAUCCAAUUCGAAUGAACUCUUUCAGAUCAAGCUGAAGUUCCAAAGUCUCAAGGAGGCAUGUGAGCAAGAAACUGUGAAGUUUCGGGAACUUAUUGAAGCUGGGAAUGAAAUUUUGAUCCAAGUUGAUGAUUUGGUGCAGCAGAAAACGGAGAGCAAAGUCUCCUAUCUGGCUAAGAAAUUUACCAAAUUGAACGCAAGAUGGAAUGAAGUAACUUCAUUGGUUUAUACCAGAACUGCCCUUUUGGAACAUAUUUCAAGCCAACUAGGAGACUUCAAGACCCUUAUCGUCCAGGAACACGGAUAUCUAGACAAAGUAGAGAAACUUUUGAGAAAAAGUCCAGAAUCUGCAGCUGACGCUGAAGAAAUCUCCGAAGAACUCGAUGAUCUUGAGAAUUCUAUC